AUGGCUCUGAAUGGCAUUAAUUCAUUUCGCAAUGCCGUCCAUCACAGUACAGUUAUACUUCAAAGACCACUGGCAAAACUUCUCGUUACACCAAAGAAAUAUCUCGGAAAACUUCAGGUCGUUAUGUUUAUGUUUAUAAAGAAAAUGGAUAAUUCUAGUGUUAAAAAACUUGAAAAAAGAAUUAACAAUUUAGAGCAGAGUAAAAAGAAAGCUGACGAGGAAAAUCAAUUGCUACUCUUCAUUUUAUCGAAUGAAAUAGACAGUAAUGAUUUAAAUAAUUUAAGAGAAUUAUUAUCAGAAAAGAAACUUACCGAAAUAUUAACAGAAUUUGUCGACCGAAAGCAAGAUGGUCAAAUCUUAAAUGAUGAAUUAUCAAACUUAAGUUCUAAAUUCAAAUAUUCAGAAGAAAUGAUUGAAGAGCAAGAAAAAGAAGCCAAAACCAAGCAAGCAAUUAUGAAUUAUUUAGAAAACAAGAUUAAAGAACAAGAAGAAUCUAUCACCAAGCAAAAAACUAUUGAAGAUUUAAAAGAAAUGGUAAAUUCAAAUUAA